GGUGGGCAGCUGCGCCUCCCUGCCUGGACCUCGGGAGGCCGGGGUCCCCGGAGGGCGGGCGCACUGAUGUCCCUCCGACCACCGAGGUCACCUCCCAGCCCAGCCUCUGGAAGGCGAGGGCAGCGCCAUCCCCGUGGGUCCUCACCCCCCUCGACCCUAGGCGUCCUUUUAUUAAGUGACAGACCCCUCCCCCAGCUCCCUGGCUAGGCCGAGGCAGCCUUAUGCACCUGCGCGAGAUGCAGCACGCCACUGCAGUCCGGGGAGGCUGUCCUCCAAGGGGUCUGCGGAAGAGGGCUGGCGGCUGGCGGCAGGGACGACCCAGAGCCCUCCUCUCCGUUCCGCGGGCAUCCCUCCUCGCCGCCUCCAGCUCUGCGCAGGCCUGAGAUCCGAGUUUCCAAGCAGGUUAAUUUGGAGACAUGUCAGCAUCGGUAAAAGAAAGCCUUCAGCUUCAGCUGCUGGAGAUGGAAAUGCUGUUUUCUAUGUUUCCCAACCAAGGAGAAGUAAAACUUGAAGACGUAAACGCCCUAACGAACAUAAAGCGAUACCUGGAAGGUACUAGGGAGGCGCUCCCACACAACAUCGAAUUUGUGAUCACGCUCCAAAUUGAGGAGCCCAAGGUGACAAUUGAUUUGCAAGUUACCAUGCCUCACAGCUACCCAUACGUGGCUUUGCAGCUGUUUGGACGAUCACCUGAGCUUGACAGACAACAGCAGCUUCUUCUCAACCAAGGUCUCACUGCUUAUCUAGGGACUUUCGAUCCAGGUGAGCUGUGUGUCUGUGCAGCAAUCCAGUGGCUGCAGGACAACAGCGCAUCCUACUUCCUCAACAGAAAGCUGUCGGAUGAGCCAUCCACACAGGCAAAGCCAGUCAAGAACACAUUCCUCAGAAUGUGGAUCUACAGCCACCACAUAUAUCAGCAGGACCUCAGGAAAAAGAUUUUGGAAGUGGGGAAAAGGUUAGAUGUGACUGGAUUUUGCAUGACAGGAAAGCCUGGUAUAAUCUGUGUGGAGGGCUUCAAGGAUCACUGUGAGGAAUUCUGGCACACAAUCAGAUACCCUAACUGGAAACACAUUUCCUGCAAGCACGCCGAGAGCGUGGAGACAGAAGGGAGCGGUGAAGACUUGCGCCUCUUCCAUUCCUUCGAAGAGUUGCUCCUCGAGGCCCACGGUGACUACGGACUAAGGAAUGACUAUCACAUGAACCUGGGCCAGUUCCUAGAGUUUCUCCGAAAACACAAAAGUGAGCAUGUUUUUCAGAUACUAUUUGGUAUUGAAAGCAAAAGUUCAGAGUCUUAGGACUCUAUUAAAAUAUCUAUGCUUGUAAUUGUACUAAGUAUUUAUGUUAAUAAAACCAAAAUAAAAAGGCCAAUGACUAUAUAGAA